CACCGGUGUAUGCAGAAGUAUCUGACCGCCGUGCAGAGCGAAGCGACCGCGAGCAACCCACGGAAUAAGCAGCGGGACGAGAAGAUGACAAUGUCCACACCUGCGGACGAAAUAUCAAAAGCGAAGCCACCGUUGACCGAACAGGAGCGAAACCGGCUGGAAAGGGAACUUGCGUGCGUGCUCCACUCGCUGGCGAUGUUCCUCUUCCGGGACUGGAGCGUCGUGCAGAAAUUUGCCAGCGUGGAUUUGAUGCACGGUGACCAGUUGUACGUGUUGGACCCUACAGAAGGCUUGCCGGAUGUCGCGGAAGAAGAGUCCGCAAAAAACAACUUGGAAGACAACCACAACGCAGAUGAGAGCAAAAGGUUUGGGCCGAAGAGAAAUUUCAGCUUUUACAGCGCCCCUCAGUUUCUCUUCCGCUUGUUCCUGAUUCUGUUGAGGAAGACCCCCAUCGGCGCGGCGUAC